UCGACAUUGCCACCCCUUACAUAAACUCGUGGGUCCCAUACUUUCAAAGAUAACGCUACGUGGCCGGAUCUCGAUCGCACUCAACUUAACAUUGUCUAUUCGCGUUGUCUCUAACCUUUUCCUCUGUUCCGCCCUGCGUUUCUUUCAUUAAAUCAAACCAAAGCACCAACGAAUUCCUCAUCCACGGCGGCGCGUGAUGAAGUCAACCCUCCAGUACUGGCUCGUUGACCACCCAAGCAUCCUCCACUUCACAUGGACGGAGGGCCAAACCCCGGCCUCGACCCCGCCCUUCCUCACCCUCGCUCUCCUCUCCUACCUCUCACUUACUCUCCUCCUCACGCGCCUCCCUCUCCCCCCACUCAACAUCAAACCGAUCUCCGCCCUCCACAACCUCACCCUACUCCUCCUCUCCCUCACCAUGGCCGUCGGUACCACCCUCUCCAUCCUCUCCUCUCCAUCCUCCACCCUCUGCUUCUCCCCCGCCGCCGCCCCAACCGGGCCGCUCUUCUUCUGGGCCUACGUCUUCUACCUCUCCAAGCUCCUCGAAUUCCUCGACACCCUAUUCAUCAUCCUCUCCGGCUCCCUCCGCCGCCUCUCCUUCCUCCACGUCUACCACCACGCCACCGUCCUCGUCAUGUGCUACCUCUGGCUCCACACCCGCCAGUCCCUCUUCCCCGUCGCACUCGUCACCAACGCCUCCGUGCACGUGCUCAUGUACGGCUACUACUUCCUCUGCGCCGUCGGGAUCCGGCCCAGGUGGAAGCGCGCCGUCACCGAUUGCCAGAUAGUCCAGUUCGUUUUCAGCUUUGCGGUGUCGGGUCGGAUGCUGUACCUGCAUUUCUCCGGGUCCGGGUGCUCCGGAAUAUGGGGAUGGUGCUUCAAUGCCGUCUUCAAUGCCUCGCUUCUGGCUCUUUUCCUCGACUUUCAUGGCAAGAGCUAUGCCGGCAGAACCAAGAUGAAUGCUAAGGAUAAACGAUCGUGAUUCUUUUGCCUUUUUUUUCUUGUCU